AUGUCGUCGGAUUCGGAAGACAUUCCCCUCGCCAAGAGGAGGCAACAACAACAGCGUGCCAACAAGCCCUCUACCAACAACCUUGACAGUGGCAGUGACUCGGACACACCCCUCGGCAAACGCAAGCGACCAGCCGUCCGGAAAAGAGUCCUCGAUGAUGAUGAUGACGAAGACGCAGAUACUUUGUCCAGCAGCGACAGUGGACCCCCAGCCGCGAAGCGCGCCCGCCCAUCAGCAGCAAAGAAGAAAUCCUACAAGGACGACAGCUCAAAUAGCGAUGGCGAAGGCGAUUUCCACGGCUCAUCGGAUUCGGACGUUCCUUUGGCCAAGAAGAAGACUGUCGACUCCAAAGCCAAGACCAAUGGCUCUUCCAAGACUAACGGCACAAACGGAACCUCCAGAACCAAGGCUGCGCCAAAGUACAAGGAAGAAUCCUCCUCUGACUCGGAUGCCCCCCUAGCGAAGAAGGCUGCUUUCAAGAAGACAUCUACACCGACCAAGACCAAGGUAAAGACCGAGCCCGUUUCCUCCAGCAAAUCCAAGCAGAGCACGACUACCAUCAAAAGGCGCGGCAGGGAGGAAGUGGACGACAGGUCCAAGCUCAAGAAGGUCAAGAAGGAGGAGGAGGAGGAGGAGGAUGACAAGUCCAAGGUUAAGAAGGUCAAAAAGGAGGAGGACGAAGACGAGGAUGCCGACGCAUGGUGGUUGAACCAGAAGGACAACGAAGACGAAUCCGUCAAGUGGACUUCUCUCAAGCACAACGGCGUAUACUUCCCUCCUGAAUAUGUUCCCCACGGUGUCAAGAUGAAAUACGAUGGCAAGCCUAUUACACUGGCGCCUGCUGUCGAGGAGAUCGCUGGAUUCUUUGGUGCCCUCCUGUUCACCGAGCAUGCGGAGAACCCUACCUUCCAGGAGAACUUUUUCAGGGACUUUUCAAAGAUCGCCAAGGCCCACAAGACUUCGCCCGAGAUCACCAGCUUUAAAAAGUGCGACUUUACUCCUAUGUACGAGUACUACCAGGCUGAGAAAGAGAAGCGGAAGAACAUGACCAAGGACCAAAAGGAGGCGGCCAAGGAGGAAAAGAUGGUUUUGGAUGAAAUGUACGGAACCUGCUACUUGGAUGGUCGCAAGGAGAAGGUCGGCAACUACCGCAUCGAACCCCCAGGUCUGUUCCGUGGACGCGGAAAGCACCCCAAGACAGGCUGCCUCAAGUAUGCCUCGCUUUCUUCGAUGUUCAAAACCUACCAGCUCCGUGUGCAACCAGAGCAGGUCAGUCUUAACUUGAGCAGGGACGCACCUAUUCCCAAAGCGCCUGCAGGACACAAGUGGGGCGCCAUUGUUCAUGACGAUACCAAGACCUGGCUCGCUACAUGGAAGGAGAACGUCAACGACUCGACCAAGUACGUCUUCUUGGCUGCUGGAAGUUCUUUGAAGGGUCAGUCCGACUUGAAGAAGUUCGAGACUGCCAGGGCACUCAAGAAGGAGAUCGACUGGAUUCGUCGCGGCUACAUGGCAGAUCUCAAGGACAAGAAGAUGUUUAACCGUCAGCGUGCCACGGCCUUGUACCUGAUUGAUCGUCUGGCUCUGAGAGCAGGAAACGAAAAGGGAGAGGACGAGGCUGACACGGUUGGCUGCUGUUCGCUUCGUUUCGAGCACGUUACUCUGGAGAAGCCCAACAUUAUGCAUCUGGAUUUUUUGGGUAAGGAUUCGAUCCGUUACGAAAAGACUGUCGAGGUCGAUGAGCAGGUGUUCAAAAACAUCCGCCUCUUCAAGCGCGAGCCUGCCCAGGAAGGCGACGAUCUCUUUGAUCGCCUCAAGACGUCGGAGUUGAACAAGCAUUUGCAGAACUUGAUGAAGGGAUUGACGGCGAAGGUGUUCCGUACCUUCAACGCGUCGUUCACAUUCCAGGAUCAGCUGGAGAAGAGGACACCCAAGGACGGCACCAUCGCCGAGAAGUUGCUUGCCUACAACCGCGCCAACAGAGAUGUCGCCAUCCUUUGUAACCAUCAGCGUGCCGUCAGCAAGGGUCAUGCCGGCCAAAUCGGCAAGAUCGAAGACAAGGUGCGCGCGUACAAGUACCAGAAGAUGAAGCAGAAGAAGAUGAUUUUGUCGUUAGAGCCCAAGCUGAAGAAGAAGAGGCCCGAGUUGCUUGAGCCCGAGUCGGAUCUUGAGGAUGAUUGGAUCGAGGAGUAUGAGACACAGCUGUUGGAGAAGGAGCGGGAAAGGAUCAAGGCCAAGUUUGAGAAGGAUAACUUGAAGAGGAAGGAGAACAAGGAAAAGCCUAUGCCCGCUGGAGAGCUCAAGGACUUGCUCAAGGAAGUCGAUGUUAAGGCCAAGGACCUCGCCAAUGAGCGCAAGAAGGGAGUUGUCCCCCCUACCCGUGGUGCCACUGUUGAGAAGUGUAAUGCCCAGAUUCUCAAGUUGGACGAGCGCAUCGCCGCCACCCGCCUCUCUCUCACCGACAAGGAGGAGAACAAGCAAACGGCCUUGGGUACAUCCAAGAUCAACUACAUUGACCCUCGUAUCUCGGCUGCUUGGUGUGAGAAACAUAAAGUUCCUCUGGACAAGAUCUUCACCAAGACCCUCCGUGAUAAGUUCAAGUGGGCCAUGACCGUCGACAAAGACUGGGAGUUUUAA